AUGGGCAUAAAAAGCUCAAAACCGAAACUCUCUAAAGAAGAUCUUGAUUUUUUGAAAAAGAAUACAAGCUUCACGGAGGAACAAAUCAAAGAGUGGUACAAAGGUUUUGUGCAAGACUGUCCGAAAGGUCAUUUGACAAAGGAUCAAUUUAUCAAGGUUUAUAAAGAUUUCUUUCCGUCUGGAAGUGCCGAAGGAUUCUGUGAACAUGUGUUUCGAACAUUUGAUACUGAUAACAGUGGUUUUAUUGAUUUCAAAGAAUUCUUAUUAGCAAUAAAUGUAACAAGUUCUGGUACUCCAGAACAAAAACUUGAAUGGGCUUUCAGAAUGUAUGAUAUUGAUGGUAAUGGCACGAUUGAUGAGAAAGAAAUGAUAAAAAUUAUAGAGGCAAUCUAUGAGAUGUUAGGGCCGGAAGUAACAAAAUCUGCCGAUGAUUCACCUCAAAAACGAGCUAAAAUGAUUUUCGAAAAAAUGGAUGUCAAUAAUGAUAAAUCUUAA